UCCGAGAAAAAAUCGAACGACGAAUCGAGCAUUAUAAACAGAUCUCGAUUCUUGUUUUGCUAUUUUUCUUCGUUGUGGGGGGAAAGUGGGAAAUCCUUAACAUUUUCGGCACUUUCGGCACUUUCGGCAAUGCUUGGGAUUACUACACCUGCACCUUGUUUCAAAUUAUCCGCGUGUUAAUGUUUGCUUGGGGUGCCAAUAGUCACGGUCAACUUGGACUGGGCUAUUCAUCGGAGCAGCAAACGCCACAAUUCGUGGCCGAUGUGCCUUUCAGAGAGAUUCGCGACUUGCGUUGCUUUGCCGCCGGUGGUGGACACACCUUGUUGGGGCUAAGCGAUGGGCGAUUGUAUGGCUGCGGCUGGAAUAAUCGGGGCCAGCUUGGAAUGGAGCACACACAGGAUGUCACACGAUUCGGCCGGAUUGGAGAGUAUGAGUUUGUUAGUCUUGCUGCUGGCUGGGAUGUAUCGGCAGGAAUAAACGGACAAGGCGAGCUGUUCGUAUGGGGCUCUAAUGUAUGGCAGCAGAUUGCGGAGCCAAAGGUCAAAUUGGUAAUACAGCCACAGAAAUUGACUCUACCCUGCAAAGGUCUUGUGCAAAAGGUUGUCUUCGGUCUCCAGUAUAUGGCAGUUUUGAUGGAAUCCGGCCAGUUAUGGGUGCUGGGAAAGUGUAAAUUCUUAGAUGGGCAAUACCCGAUAGUCGAUGGUAGUCAUCAAACGAUACGUUGCGUGGAUGACCAGGGUUCGAUCGUAGAUGUUGCUAGCGGCGAGAAUCAUCUGGUACUAUUGCUGGCGACAAACCGUAUAGUUUGUCUCGGAUCCAAUAAGCAUAGUCAGUGUAUAGACGAGCCUUGGCCCAUCGCUGCACAAGAUCUUUUAAAACUGGAAUCCGGUUGGACUCAUUCCGGCUUUCUAUCGCGUAGCGGCGAAGUGCGAUUGUGGGGACGGAAUAACCAUGGCCAGUUAGGACGCUCUGGGGAAGCUUCGUCUAAACCGCUUCCAUUAGAAAUACAGGAUGUGAAGGCAGUUUCCGACAUAAGCCUGGGAUCGGAGCAUGGCGUAGCUUUAUCGAGCAGCGGACAUGUGUACUGUUGGGGCUGGAACGAGCAUGGUAAUUGUGGAAUAGAAAACAUGGAGAGCAUAACGACCCCGAAAUGUGUAGAGCUACCUGUGCCGAUUUCGAAUGUUCUUUGUGGUGCUGGCUACACGCUUGCAUUCAGACGCUAACAGUAACAACGAUCAUUCACCACUUCUCCGUGCCAUAAACCAACGACAAAACGAUUCGAGAGUAAAAAUGUACAAAAUAACCCACAAUUAGCAUGCCGAAUCCUUUGGUUAUGAGCUUUUUUCAAUAUUGUCACUUUAAUGCCAAGGA